CAAAUCGAACAGAACUAAAGCCGUCCUAGCCGUUGCGUUUCACGAACAGCCUUCAGCACCGUUCAGUUGCCAAGUUGCUAAUUUUAUCAUAAAUGUUCAUUAGCUAGUUUCGCAAAUUGUUCACCAUUCUUUUUCCUAUGCGUGCGUCAAAGGCUUCCGGCCGAUAUUUUUUAGCAGAACGGUUAUUGGUGAGCUUAAAAGUAAAUCUUUUCACUUCGCCAAUUUUGUUAGCGAUGUUUUUGGACACCUCUCGCAAGCACCCUUCUUUCAUCUUUCUUCGUACUGAUAGAGAAACAUUUCGAACAUUUACGUUCACCGUUUUUGUUUCGUUGAACGACAAUUUGAAUAUAAAUGAUAACUUUACAUAAAAAUAAAGGGAUCACAGAAAAUGGUACAAGAGCUUUACAUAAACUUAAUCGUAAGGGACAAAAUAGAAGGUGAUGAGCCGGAGGUUGGAAAGCAACAUUUAGAGACCACAAAUCCCACACGCAUGUGCAAAUAAGCGUGGAAAAAAGCGGGGAAAAAGGAGAACGUAGGAAGAAAAGAAGCAUAAAACAAGCCAUAAUAGAUGCUACUUGUGAGAGAGAGAGAGAGAGAGAGAGAACGAGCGGGGGAGAGAGUCCUUCCAAUCGGAUUGUCUACUUGCAUGCGGUCUGCUAACGGAAGGCCAAGCCUCAUGCUCUUGUAAGUGAGGAAAACAAAUCAAAUUAGUCCGCUAACAAGCAUCUCAGUUUGAAUGCUACGCUAGCGCUUGAAAGUAAAUGUUUAAUGAGCUCGCUACCGAUCGCACCGACCUAGACCUAGCAUACUGCAUAUGCAGCGCUCUGCCGUUCAGAAAGUUCCUCCCUCAUUAGGUAUACAGUACGCGUGUAUGGUUCAAUGCCGUUUUAUUUGUUCGAAAAGUUGAUUGUUAGCUGGUAGUGGUGGUAGCCGCCCGUUCCAUGCAGUUGCAUACCGAUUUUCCAUUGCGGCAUGUAAAUAGGCAACCGAGAAAACUUUAUAAGGAUGCCCCUGAGUUGUUACUUGCUUCCAUUAGUGGCGUUUUAGGUGAAAGUAGGCUAAUUACAAGCGAUGACUAUAUUCCUGUUUGAAAUGAAAAUCGAAAAACUAAAAAGUAGAAUCGUUUGGAGAGCACACUAGAUUAAUGAAGAAGAAAAAAAGCAAACCCUAUAACAGUCACGUUAUUUUACUCCCCGUAGCUAAAAGGAAAUUCCAUGGCAACAGUAAAUGGGAAGUGAAUAAGUGGCAGCGGCUACUCUGAUAAAUCGGAUUUGGCGUGCGAUCGAUCAAGCAAGCAGCUUGUAGAUCUGCGAUCCAACUAUAUAUACAAACACAAACACACAUUUAAACGUCUAGCAAAUUUAAACGCCAGAAAAUAUUUAGUAAUAAAGAAACAAGAAAGGCGCGGCCAUUGUAAAUCGAACCAAAUGUACACACAAAAACCCAAGCUUAACGGGAGAUCGCGAACGCGAACGCGAACGCGUCUGGGGUUUUAUUUUUGCCAUUACUUUCGUCAUUCUGAAAAUGUGAUACAAUAUUACGAUGGUAGGCGUUCCCGGGCAUUGCGAUCCGUGCAUGGUCCUGUAAGAUAAAACCACGAUAGUGCCGGGUACGCCCGGGCGGCACCGACCGACGUCGACAAAGACGAAUGUAAAACACUAGCCUUCCCAUCCACAUCCUUCAUCCCCUACCCGUUGCCGUUCCACGGAAGCAUAGCAUAUAAACGAUGCAUUUAGCAUGUAUGGCCUGUAAAAUCGUUCUGUCUGUAGUGUAGGCACAAAGAGUGGGGGGGAGUUAAGAGAGACCGAGAGAGAAAAAAACACGAUGCGAGAAAGAAAUGUAACCUAAUAACCUUAAUCGAGCGACAACGGCAGUGGAUGCUCCGGCCCAAGCAUUUAUCAAACUUUAUUAUUAAUAAACAAAAGUAUC